UCUCUCUCGCGCCCUUGCCACAGCGGUGAGCCGUGGGCACACCAGCAGCUGGUCUUGCUCCAGAAUCCGGCCCUCUACUACUCCAACCAAUCUGUGAGGGAGAAGGGCGAGAUGCAGGAAGCCCAGCAGUGGAGGCAUGCUGCUGAAUGCAUGAGAACGACGGCGGCGCCUGGGACAAUUUUGUUCUUUCGCGACGUCUGUAACUUCAGGAUCCCCAAGGGUCUCAACGCAGCCCAGCUGGGCAGAACGUCGGGCCGAGACGACUGCAGCCUCUUCGACGGCACGCUCAAGAAGUGCUACGCGAGAGGUCAGGAACAGCGCCGCGAGCUCAAGAUAUACACUCAGCACUUUAACACGGCGACAAACGAACACGGACAGCCAAAAUCGGGGCAGCAAAACGGUGACCUCAUGGUGGAGGUCAUCGCUUUGAUCUGGGAGGAUAAGAAUCGAGAUUCAGCGCACAAGGCCGUCAAGCAAGCCACCAAGAAACGGAACGAGGCGUUGGCCAAGAGGGCCAACACGAAGGACAAUGAUAAGGCCACCAAGAUCAAGAUCCCUGUGGUGCCCGAUCUCACGAAACUCCUGGCGAGGGAGCAACCAGAAGGCUGGCUCCCACCUUGCUGGUUUACGUGGCUACUGUACGGACCGUUGAGCCCCUGCCCGGACGAUGACGUUUCGUUUCGGGAGAGCAACGGCCCUGCCGGCGCUGGGGAGUGCGAGGACGACGGAGCGGGCGCUGACGGGGACGAGGGCGACUCCGACGACGAGGACGACGACACCGGGAACCCCGGGGGUGAUGCGUCUACUUCGGGGUCUGGAGGUGGAAACUCCAGCAGCACCAACUCCAGCAGCGACACUGGCAGCGACACUCGGGCGAAAGGAGCGGGGCCGAUCGUGGGGAAGGGGAAGGGAAAGAAGAGGGGCAUCGGUGGCAAGGGUUCGGCGGGAAAGGUGUCGGUGAAAAGUAACCGCUCCUACAAGUGUUUGACUGGCGCCAACGAGGGGGCCAGCAGGAGGGCCAUGCAGCAGAAGGAACGGGAGGAGAAGCGCAGAGUAAAGGGCGAGGAACAGCAAACGCUCCAGCAGCUCAGGCUCGCGGAGGAGGGACAUUCUCUCCUUGUGUCCAUGAUGCAGCAGGUUAAAGGCCUGAAUGAAACCAUCGCACAGUCCUCCUACGCCGAUAGGCGGAAGGCCCGGAUCGACGAGCUGAGGACCCUGGAGCAGAUGCUGAGGGGGGAUGGUAUGACGGCGGAUGCGGAGGAAGUGAAACGCCAGAAAUACCACCUGCUCCUUAAUCCGGAUGCGCCGCUUGGCGGUGGUGGGGCUGCCGGCGCCGUCGGUGGUGCCGGAAUGGCUUUUUCCGGAGGCGUGGGCGUGGGCAUGGCGCUUGGCGGAGGAGGCGGUGCCGGCGCUGCCGGGAGCGUCGGCGGUGGAGGAACGCCCAUCUCUGGGAAGACGACGCCGGGCGUCGGGGCGGGCGUCAUGCACGGCGGUGAAAGCGCUGCCGGAAGCGUCGGCGGGGACAUAUCCGCGGGCGAUAUGAUUUCCAUCGAGGGAGAUAAGAGCGACGCUGAC